GCGUCAGCAAAAAAAGGACACUGGGGAGGGGACUGAUCAGCAAACUGUCAAACUCGGUCGCAAACUGUUUCAACCCCUGACAUUGCACUGUGUAUUUAGGAGACUGCUUGGUGACACAACAGCUCGAUCUAUGUCUGCCAUGGACGCCGAAACCCUACCUGCUGCAGGCCAAGAAGAUCAGAAGAAAGAGCCUCUAAGGAUCGUGCUUCUUGGGAAGAGUGGAGCCGGCAAGAGCUCAAGUGGGAACACCAUCCUCGGGAGACAUGAGUUUAAAUCAGACAUGAGGGUGGUGAGAGUCACUCUACACUGUGAAAAGGGGGACGGGACUGUGAAGGAUGUGCCUGUGGAUGAGAAUGGGAAAGUUGAGGAUGUUCCUGUCUCUGUUAUUGACACACCCGGCUUUUUUGAGCUGGAUCGUAAGGAGGAAAUAAUGCGAGAGAUUCUCAAGCGUGUCAAACUCCAGGAGCCAGGACCUCACGCCUUCGUGUUUGUAGUCCCUGUAGGACGGAUGACCCAGGAGGAUCGAGAUACCCAGACGCUGAUCGAGGCAAAGUUUGGCCCUCGAGUUUGGGACCACACCGUCGUGCUGUUCACCCAUGGGGAUCGAUUGGAGGGGAAAACAAUAAGAGACGUUGUUGCCGAGAGCGACGACAAGUUCCGCAACUUCAUACGCAAAUGCAGCGGCGGCUUCUGCGUCUUCAACAACAACAAACCCGAGGAGCAGACCCAGGUGACAAGACUCAUAGAAAAGAUUCAGACCCUGGUAGCCCUGAAUGGAGGGGGGCAUUACCACAACGACCUGUAUCCUGAAGAAGAGAGGAAGAUCAGGAAGAGACAGGAGGCCAUCCUGGCAGAGAGAGAUGAUGAGAUCAGGCGCAAGGAGAGAGAGCUGGAGGAGCAUCACAAGGACAAAGAGCUGGAGAUGAAGAAGAGGGCGCUGUGGAGGAAAGAAGAGGAAAAUGCAAGGCUGGCUGCAGAGAAGCAGAGAAAGAGGAUCCCCGACAAUUGGAACAUUCUAAUUCGCACAUUAUGUGUAUUAGUAAUAGUAAUAGCAAUCAUUUUAUGUUUUUAUCAUCCAGAAGAAGAGUCAACCUCAAAUGCAGAAUUUCCAAAUCCUGAUGCUCUUCAAAGACGUGGAAGUUUUUGGUUUGCGCAACACAAUAGAUCUUUGUUUGCCAUGAACUCUGGAAGCAUGACCGAUGCAGAGCAAGAGGAGGAUCCAAAACAAGAGCCUUUGAGGAUCAUGCUUUUUGGGAAAGGCGGGGUUGGCAAGAGCUGCAGUGGGAACACCAUCCUCGGGAGAUAUGAGUUCAAAUCAGACAUGAGGGUGGUGAGAGUCACUCCACACUGUGAAAAGGGGGAAGGGAUUGUCAAGGACGUGCUUGUGGAUGAGACUGGGACAGUUGAGGAUGUUCCUGUCGCAAUCAUUGACACCCCUGGCCUGUUUGAAAAAGACAGCAAGAGGGAAGAAAUUGUGCAAAAGAUUCUGAAGUGUGUCAAACUCCAGGAGCCAGGACCUCACGCCUUCGUGCUUGUUGUCCCUGUAGGACGGAUGACCCAGGAGGAUCAAAACACCCAGGCUAUGAUCGAAGCAAUGUUUGGCCCUAGAGUUUGGGACUACACCAUCGUGCUGUUCACCCAUGGGGAUCGAUUGGAGGGGAAAACAAUAAACGACGUUGUUGCAGAGAGCGACGAAAACCUCCGAAACUUCAUACGCAAGUGCAGCGGCGGCUUCCACGUCUUCAACAACAAGAAACCCGAGGAUCAGACCCAGGUGACAAGACUCAUCGAAAAGAUUCAGACCCUGGUAGCCCUGAAUGGAGGGGGGCAUUACCACAACGACCUGUAUCCUGAAGAAGAGAGGAAGAUCAGGAAGAGACAGGAGGCCAUCCUGGCGGAGAGGGAAGCUGAGAUCAGGCGCAAGGAGAGACAGCUGGAGGAGCAUCACAAGGACAAAGAGCUGGAGAUGAAGAAGAGGGAGCUGUGGAGGAAAGAAGAGGACAGUUCAAGGCUGGCUGCAGAGAAGGAGACCAAGAGGGAGUCCAACAUAAAGAUCAUUUUGAGCUCCAUCCUGGUGUUACUUCUGAGUGGUUGGGCUCUCCAAGCACCAAACAUGUGGCCAUUGGCUGUAUUAGCUAUUUUGAUUUGGUGCGUCUUUAAUGGCUUACCAUUUCAUUCAGAAAAAAUACCAUGGCUUUCCAAGAAAAAAAUAUAUUUUAUAUACUUUCACUUUCGCAUUACAUCAUCAGCAAAAAAGGACACCAGGGAGGGGACUGAUCAGCAGACAGAAACGUCUGUCAAACUCGGUCGCUGUGUAUUUAGUAGACUGCUUGGUGACACAACAGCUCGAUCUAUGUCUGCCAUGGACGCCGAAACCCUACCUGCUGCAGGCCAAGAAGAUCAGAAGAAAGAGCCUCUAAGGAUCGUGCUUCUUGGGAAGAGUGGAGCCGGCAAGAGCUCAAGUGGGAACACCAUCCUUGGGAGACAUGAGUUUAAAUCAGACAUGAGGGUGGUGAGAGUCACUCUACACUGUGAAAAGGGGGACGGGACUGUCAAGGAUGUGCCCGUGGAUGAGAAUGGGAAAGUUGAGGAUGUUCCUGUCUCUGUUAUUGACACACCCGGCUUUUUUGAGUUAGAUCGUAAGGAGGAAAUAAUGCGGGAGAUUCUCAAGCGUGUCAAACUCCAGGAGCCAGGACCUCACGCCUUCGUGUUUGUAGUCUCUGUAGGACGUAUGACCCAGGAGGAUCGAGAUACCCAGAUGCUGAUCGAGGCAAAGUUUGGCCCUAGAGUUUGGGACCACACCGUCGUGCUGUUCACCCAUGGGGAUCGAUUGGAGGGGAAAACAAUAAGAGACGUUGUUGCCGAGAGCGACGACAAGUUCCGCAACUUCAUACGCAAAUGCAGCGGCGGCUUCUGUGUCUUCAACAACAACAAACCUGAGGAGCAGACCCAGGUGACAAGACUCAUAGAAAAGAUUCAGACCCUGGUAGCCCUGAAUGGAGGGGGGCAUUACCACAACGACCUGUAUCCUGAAGAAGAGAGGAAGAUCAGGAAGAGACAGGAGGACAUCCUGGCAGAGAGAGAUGAUGAGAUCAGGAUCAAGGAGAGAGAGCUGGAGGAGCAUCACAAGGACAAAGAGCUGGAGAUAAAGAAGAGGGCGCUGUGGAGGAAAGAAGAGGACAAUUCAAGGCUGGCUGCAGAGAAGGAGACCAAGAGGAAGUCCAACAUAAGGAUCAUUUUGAGCUCCAUCCUGGUGUUACUUCUGAGUGGUUGGGCUCUCCAAGCACCAAACAUGUGGCCAUUGGCUGUAUUAGCUAUUUUGAUUUGGUGCGUCUUUAAUGGCUUACCAUUUCAUUCAGAAGAAAUACCAUGGCUUUCCAAGAAAAAAUUAUAGUUGAGAUAUCAAUGCACCGUUAGUAAUCAGUCAUGCCAUGUAUUACUGAAGUCUAGAACAGAUCUUCAACAUUAAUGCAAGAAAUGCAGAAAAAAAGCACAGAAAACACGAGUAGAUUUUAUUUUAUGACUUUUGUUUCUUAUGAUUAAGAAUUAAUUGUUUAAUUAAAUGUAUUUAAUUAAUAAAUAAUAAUGAAUAAACAUUUAAAUGUGCAUGUAAGAUAGCCUAUAUGACGUAUAAUGCACUGUUAUAAUCAGUCAGUCUUGUCUAUUAAUAAGUUACAUAAAGAAUGAUUUAUCAUCCUUUAAGUUUUUGGUGAUGUUUGAUAUUGUGACUUUAUAUAUGAUGAGAAAUAAAGAAUGAAAGAAGUUCAAAUUUU